CGAUAGACGAUCAAAUUCCGAACCAAUUCCGAUCAAAGGAUGACUGGUGUUCACCAUCUACCAUCAAAUUUUGACGGGCCGCACUUUUUUGACAAAGUAGGUUUCACCAUCCAUCGCCGUGUUCGCAUUUCCAAUAUGGCGAUCUAACUGUUAUUGUGGUGUUGUUGUGAAUGUGAAGUAUAUUAAAAUGGACCCGCGUUUCGUCUUUAAAAAUAAAACUGUACAACCCGCAACAGCGAAAGUUGUGUUAAAUGUAGUCAGAAAGACACAGCCGAAUGAUAAUACUACCAAGAAAACUACUACUACGACCAUCAUUAACAAAAGGAACCGCGAUGAAAAAGAAGACUCAACAACUGCGACCCAAGUAGUUAAUAAGAAGUGGCCUCCUGAGCACAUCUUGGAGCUCAUACUUGCCUACAAAGGGCAACCCUGUCUGUGGGACUUGAAGCAUCCCCAUUAUCGAAACAAAGGCAAGCGCAUGCUGGCCUUAGCCGGGAUAAGGCAACUCAUGGACAUUUUCCGUCCUGGCGUAACAGAAGAUGAUAUCUUAAGACAGUGGAACAGUGUUAGAACACAAUUUACCACUGAAUUUAACAAGAUGAAUGAAAGACUUCCCAGCGGCUCGCCGGCUCCCGAGACUCCGUCCGAGCCGUACAUUUCUAGUAUGACGCACUUCGAUGAGCUGAUGUUUCUCUCAGAACAAGUUGGUGGACGCAAGUCCACCUGCAGCUUGGAGCUGACUCAGGAGAGUGAAGGUGGAGGUGGAAUUGAUGAUGCAAUUUUGCAAGAUGAGAAUGAGGACAAUUUUUUCAAUUCUGACAAAGGAUCAACUAACAGGACCAAGAAGAAGAAGAAGGAGGAAAAAUUGGACAUAAAUAGCUUCAUCUCAGCCUCUACUUUAGCGAUGCGUGCUUUAAGUAACCCAAAUUCCCAAUCGCCUACUCCACCUCCACCUCCACCUCCACCAGCAGCUCCAACUGCACCGAUAGCUCAGAAUGGAGGAGGACGCUUUGCAGCCUUCGGCCAAUACAUUGUCUCGCAGCUUUCAAACCUACCGGCAGAUAGAGCCAUAGAGCUUGAAGGGAAAAUUCUGGAUGCGAUUAGAUCCACCAUGUAUUAAGAAAUUGACUUUGGCAUGUAGAUUUUCUUAUUUUUUACUUUAUUUUUUUUUUACUUCCUUAGAAUUCUCUUUACUAAUGUUUAGGUGCAUGAGUAUGUGAAGAAAUAUUCAGUCCUGCUUGAUGCACAUUGCCUGUGGGUCAUUUUCGUGUAAAAAAAAUCUCAUGUUUAGGUGCUCAUGUACCCUCAUCUCCAGAUGCAAGAGUAUGUGAAAGAAUGUCCAGUUCUGCUGUAUGUACAUUGCCCUUGUGUUAUUUUCAUGUAAAAUAGAAUGUACAUUUUAAUAUUAAUUUGUAAGGUUGUAGAAAUUAGGCUUUCCUCCGCCAUUUUCUCCUAUAUUUUUGGAUGUUCCUUUUUUACAGUUACCUCUUUGAAGAAGAAAAUAAGUAAAUAUGUACAAAUCUAUUUUAUAAGAAAAUUCGGUAUCGUGGGUGCUCUUAACAUGAUCUCAUAGCGGAACUGCAGGGACCUCUUCAUAAGAGAUUACGCCACCAGUGGCUGUUUCAGAUGAAGUAUUUCUCUUCAAGAAGUCCCAAGCGUUUCCUCAUGUAAUCACUGAUUUCAUUUUUUUACCUUAAAUGUUGUCAUUUAUUCCAAAAAUAUUUUAUGUAGUAUUAUUUAAAGGUGCAUUAGUUCAUGAGAGAAAAAGGCUGAUUCUCUUUCCCUUGGUUCAGUUACUCUUGCCUUAAUUCUUACAAAGAAUUUUUAAGUCUGAUGUUUAUAUAGGUAAUAUGUUAUUAUCUGGCUGGCAACAAGUGAGCAAUAAUGCGUCAAUGUCGCCGAUGCAUCGUUUUUCUCAACAUCACUGCUGUGUUGCAAUUUUACUAGACUUUAAAACUUUAUAAAAGACUUUAUAACUAGACUUUAUAAAAGACUUUUUCAGCAAAAUUAAAUUUUUAAAAUGAAGUGUCAAGACAGUAAUGCUGUAUUAAUUUCUCCCACACAAGCAUAAUUUUGUCAGUGUUUCUGAGAAUUGUAAUUUUACAAAAUAGUUCUACAGUUCUUUGGCAUCAUUUUCAGCUGUCCGAGGUAAUAUUGAAACAAAUUAACUUUAAUUUAUUUGACUCAUUGUCUCUUGGCUGAUAACUUUAUUUUAUUUGACCCAUUGUCUCUGGGCUGAUGUUUUUGUUUGGGUUCCCGGAACUUCUUUGAAAGAAUUUUUGAAAACAUCUCAAAGAGCUGUACUUUUAAGUUACUCUUCUUUCCAUUUGCUUCUUUUCUAUUAUUUAAUUUAAAACCAAGAAUUUCUGGCUUAUGUUGAUGUAGGCAGCAUGUUAACUUAAUUUUGUUGUCUGUAAAAGGAUUCAGUUUCUGUGAUGGGAAGCAGAGGGAGUCUUAAUAUUUUUGAAAAUUCUCAUAGUUCAUUUCUUCAUAAUGAGAGGGGGAAAUUUUACCCUUUCGGUUAUUUCAUGUCUCCAUUCCUUACUUGCAACAUUAGAGUUCCUGGUCCUCAUUUCGAGGUAGGCAUAAUACAAAGUUUAAUUUCAUUAGAAAUGAAGGGAUCUGAAUUUAUUUUUCCAAGCAUAAAGAAAUAUGAAAGGAUUCAAUAUUGAAUAGUAUUGAAAGAAUGUUAUUUUGUCACUUGUUUCAGUCAUUCAUUCCUGAAUUAGAAUUAUUUUAAGAACUGUACUAAGUAUUUCUAAGUCUAUUGAUGUAGGCAUUACAUUAUUGAAAUUUCCUUUAUUAUAUAGAUGCAUUUUAUUCGUUAAAUACAAUUUUUAUUAGCCUGAAAUUAA